UGCAGUUUACCAACACGAGUCACGACAAUGGCCGAAUUGUCCGAAUAAGAUAUUUUUUUUUGGCUCAUAGCUGAAACCUGCCAUGUCUUUGGUUUUAAAAAUGGCGUAUACAAGCUUUUUGUUUGCCGGUUUACGCCAUUGAAUGAAUAUUUUUCAAGAUUCUGUGUGUGCUCGAACGACCCUAUUGCAUCGUAAUAUGAAAAAACAGUACAUGUGUAGAUACAAUAUUCUGCACCAUGGAUUCGUGGACAUAUUUUCAUAGCGUUAUGGUGAAUUAGAAUGGUGCCUGUGGUUUGUCAAGCUCUCACGUCGUCAGGUUACCCGUAUGUAACGUAAAUAUCAUUCUACGGGAGUUUAAUAUUUCGAAUAUGUUAGCAUCGACAAAUACUAGAUAAUGGAGAGUUCUGAAGACGAUGCGGGCACCGCAACAAGCGCUUCCCGCCGCGAAUCGGCGCGGGAAAAGGAUCUCGGACGCCUCGAAGACGUCGAUGCAACUAGUAGUAUUCAACAAGAUACAUCUGAACUCAGGACAUCGUGUCAAACCCCCGCUAUGUCUGAGGAUAAUUUCGAUGGGGACAGCGUUCCUUCGCCAUCGACACACGAUGUCAACACUAGCACUGAGGCGAUACUGGAUAUGAUAGAUGAGAUUGUUGAUGGGCCUGGUGCUCCGAAACGCUUACCUUUAUUAUUAGAUACGGAUGCUGAGAGUGCGCCUACCAGUUGUGAACAGCAAAAUGAGCAAACUUUAAAAUCUGCCUCUCCUGAACCUGAAUUAAGUUUAAGCUCUACUUCUUUUAGAAAAAAUCAUAAUUCAAAUGUUGAAAAUGUAGAAAGUGAUACGAAGUGUACACCAAAAACUCAAAAUGAAGACUUUUCCACUCAAUCUAUUCCCUGUGAUAGUGUUAAAAAUUCCCACACUGAUGAUGUAAACAUAAACAUUAAGCAUCAAAAUCCAGAGAUUAGUGCAAAUUCUAAACAUGGUUUAAUUGACAAUUGUGAGAGUUCUGCCAGUGAUAAAUCUUGUUUAAAUGAAGUGUCUGAAACUGAUGCAAGAGUAAAAUCAAAUACUGAAUCCAUAGCCUGUGCUUCAACAGACAUUGGUCAAAGUUCAUCUACAGAAAAUGUAACCGUGUGUGCCACAGUCACUGUACCGUCUGUUGAACCUUUAUGUAGUAAAAGUAUUUUAAGCUCAAAUAUUAGGAGUAUUGAAAGAAAUAUUGUCUCCCCUAUAAACAUAGAGAAUCAUAUUAACAUUUCGGAAGUUCAACCAGAGUCUAUUACAUGUGCUUCAACUAACAAUGUUGAAAAUAGUAAUGGUCAACUUAUACAAAAUGCAAUUCACUGUUUACAAAAGGAAGUUGACAGAACUGAAAUUCUGUCUAAUUCAUGUAGUAUGUCGGGUGAUGAUAGACAGAGCUCUCAAAUUGAAAGUGAAAGUUUAAAGUGUAUAAACACAGUUACAAGCCCGAAUAUAGUAUUGAAAGCAAGUAUUUGUGAAUCAAGUGACAAGGUAGAGAGUUCUUCUAAUCUUGAAAUAUUAAGUACUGAUCAUACAUCAAAAUCUGUGGAUUGUGGAAUAGAUGAUAGUCCAAUAAAACUUGAUAUUGAAAGCAGUAGAACUGAAACUAAUAAUUCGUCUAGUAAAAAUGCUCCAGUUCUGGAACAGAGUAAAAGAUCAGAGACAGAGCCCUCCUCUGCUUCAAAUUUGGUUUCUAAAACAUCUUAUGACAACACAUCUAAUAAUGAGUGUAGAAAUGCUCAGGUUAUAGAAAAUUCAGAAACCUCACAGAAUAUCAAAAAUAUUUCCAUGAAUACUUCAAACUCAGAAGGUUUCACAAUUGCUAUAGAUCCUGCAGUAACAAAAGCAGGUCUCUCACUUGAAACCCUAGAAGAUAAUAUAAAAACUGUAGUAAGCAGUAUCCAGCAACCCACCAGCUCAAAAAGCUUGACUGGCCCGUUGCCAAGUAUUCUCUCCAGUGUUACUGAAGGAAGCAUGGCAAUAGAAAUGGAUGAAAGACAUAAGUGUGUAACAACAAGUGACAAAAGGGACAAAGUUGUUGUUGAAAGUGCUGAGUCCACGUCUAGUGACUGUAGUGCAAGUGAAGUGAAAUCUUAUAGUGUAGAAUCUAUGACAAGAAUACCGUUAAAAAGAAGGUUAGUGCGAACUGCUCUUACGCGGCCAGACUCAACAGUAUCCUCCACAGUUGAUUCAAGUGUAAAUCCUCAUACAUCUGAACAUUCAAGUGAGUGUAUUAAGGAUGUAUCUAGUUCUUCAGAUGCUGUAACUGCUGUACAGGAUAGAGAUAAUACCGAAGAAAUUAGAAGUGUCAGUGAAAUAAGUAUUUGCAAAGCAGAAACUUCUACAAGUCCCCAAAAGAAAAUUAGACUUAUUAGAAGAAAAAAUGAUCCUCAAUUAAAUAGUACCCAAUUUGAGAAUUUAAUAAGAGAAAGCGAGGAAUGUGGAUCCACUUCAUCAUGCGAAGGUAAAUUAACUGUAACAAAAGAACAAGUACCUUCUGUAAGUGUUUCAACACACAUUAAAGAGAGUUUGGACUAUAUAUCUUCUCCAGAUAUGACUAAUAAGAGUCAUUUAGAAAAUUCUAAUGAUAGUCCAACCCCUUCAAGUUCUUUAAAGAACUCUGAAAUAAGUAGCGAUCUAGAUAGUAAAGAUUAUGAAAGAGUUCCACCUUUAAAACUACAUAUACCCGAAAGAUCAAGUUAUAAUGUUGAACUAAAAGAAGAAAAACUUGAUGAAUCAGAAAGAACUGUACCCAAGUUAACAAUCAAAGUUAAUAAUACUCAAUGUGAGAAACCAGAUUUAAAAUCUCCAAUACCUAAACUAACCAUAAAGCCUCUUAAAGUACCCAUUUCAGAAGAAAGUGAAAGAAAAUCUGAGGAAAAAGUAUUUAAAGCUAAUAUUACUAAGUUGAAUAUUAAACCCAUACUUAAGCCACCGGAAAAAAUUAAUGAAAUUCAUAGAAAAUCUAGUAGUAGUGAAAUAUCAGAGUCUGAAUACUCAGAAAAUGAUGACAGUACUAGCACGUCAGACCCACCGUCAGCCUCUGAACAAGGACCAUUAGAUGUUGUUCCAAAAGUCACUAUUAAAUUGGGUAAGCCAGGUACCGAUUCUGAAGGUAAAUUUUACACAGAGUCUAACAUUCCAAAACUAACAAUAAAAGGUAUUCAAAGUAGUAAUGAAGAUGGGAGAGAAUCACCCUCAAAAUUAAAACUUGUUGUUUGUCAAUCUGAAGAAAAACAGAUGGAAAAAGUACCAAAAUUGACAAUUAAAUCGGUAAGUAUAUUGGAAAGUCAACCCCUAAGUCCAAAAUUAACUAUUAAGCCAUUAAAGCCACCUGAUGGUCUAAAUAGAGAUAUUAUAUCUGAAGAUAAUCCCCCCAUACCCAAACUUAUUAUUUCAACUGAUUCAUCUAAUUCGGAUCAGAAAGAUCAGAGCCAUGUGCAUAAAGUUACUAUAAAACCUAUUACAAAGCCUGAUACUGAAGCUUUUAGCAAAACACCAAAAAAAACAAUACCGGAAAAUUUAGAAAACAUACCUGUAAUAACAAAAUUAAAUAUUAAACCUAUUAUAAAGCCAGAUAAUAAUUUAGAAGUAUGUAAUAAAAUAGACGAAAAAGUUCCUAUAGUCUCAAAAAUAAAUAUUAAACCUUUAAUAAAACCAAUGGAGGUUGAUUUUUCUAAAGAAGAUAAUAUUCCUAAGGUAACUAAAUUAAACAUUAAACCGAUUAAAAGUCCUGAUGGCAACACAUCUAGAGACACUGAUAGUCAAGAAGUUACAAUAGAGGAGACUAAACCUAUAAUUACAAAGCUAAAUAUUAAACCGAUUUUAAAACCUGAAGAUGAAGACAUUUCUAAAGAAUCUGAAAAUCAUUCAUCUGAAAAUUCUAGUGAUGACAAUAAUGAUAAUAUUCCUAUUGUUACAAAAAUUAAUAUUAAACCCAUAUGUAGACCAAUUGAAUUAGAAGAAACAGAACCAACAAAGGAUGAAAAUAUCCCAAUUGUUCCGAAACUUAUUAUCAAACCUCUAGUGAAGCCAGAUCAGCCAGGACCUCAAUCACCAAAAAAAGAGCGUACUAGUAGUCCAGAUUUGAGAAACCAGAAUAUUCCAGUUGUCACUAAAUUGAAUAUAAAACCUAUAGUAAAACCAGAUGAAAACCAACUAAAGCUUGAAGAUUGUGAAGAUGUUAAAAAUCCUCCCCUGUUGAUGAAAAUUAAUAGAAAAACUAAAUCAGAUUCUGGGAGUGAUUCACAGUACCAUAUUGAUAAAGGUAUGGAUCAGUAUAAUAAUAUUCAUCAUAAUAUACCAAUUAUUUCUAAAUUAAAUGUUAAGUCUAAUUUUAUAGAGUCAAAAUCUGUUUGUAAUGCACAUGAAUCUCUAGAACAAAGUAACUAUGUUCCAAAUGACAACCAGCAUGAUAAGCAAGACUUGGUAUCAAUAGGCACUCUAGGUGAAGUAAAACCAACUCCGGUUAGACAAGCCAACCAACAAGAUUUGAAAUUAAAUCAUAAAGGUGACAUGGAAAAUAAUUUUGAAGAAACUUCUAAUAGAGUACCAUCAACAACUUUAACUAAAGAACUUAAUGAAGGUAGCAUGGAUAGUAAAGGUUUUUCAGAUAAAACUGACAUUAUAUUUAAUUAUCAAAUUAGCAACAUUCAAAAACCUGUGAUAGAAGAAGAAAAACAAUUGACUCAAAGGCAAAAAACCCAACCUAGCAACACAAACUGUACUCUCCUUAAGAAAUUAUUGGAAAACCGCAAGUAUGACAAUAGUAGCUUGAAUAAUGAUAAUAGCCCUAAUACAUCAAACUCAACCUUGCCUAUUCAAACAGGGCAUACCCCAUCAAAUGACUGUUCCAAGCAUGAAAUUAUUGAUUUAUGCAAUCCAAAUGAUGAUAAAAGAGAGUCUUCGCCUGCUCAGUUAAAGAUCCGAUCAAUGCAAGAUUUGUGUAAUGAAGUAAGUGAAAGUGUUACAAAACCUCUAGAAAUUUGUAUUUCUGAUAAAAUAAACCAAUGCUCUGACCAAGAUUCACCAAGAAUAAUAUUAAAGAUUAAUAAGACUGAUCAUGGUGCUUCUGCUAAAAUUAUUACUGAUGAAAUUAUUAAUAAAAACGACACUAAAGGUAUUAGCACAACUGACAGUAUGAUGAUGAACAAAAGAAGACCUAUUUUACUUGGUAGAAAGAAGCAAGAAUCGGAAUCUGCUAAUGUUUCUGAAGGCAAAAAAUUAAGAAGCUCUAGAAUUGUACACAGUCCAGAAAAAUCUCCCUUUCCUAAAAAGAACACUGGAAAAAGGCCUUCAAACUUGGAUUCUUCGAGUAGUCCACCAUCACCUAAAGAAGCUGAACUUUCUGUUCUUGAUUCAAAAAGACUGAAAUUAGGACAACUUUUGUCCAGUAAAACAUUGACAAUUACUCCUGUCGUAGUAUCUAAAACAGGUCCCAUUACUCCAACAGAUUCAUUAGAGAUUAGACAAGCGAAAAUAAAUCAUUCCUUAUUAAAUAACGAAAAUUGUUCUAAAAAUGGUAGUUCAAAAUUACAUAACAUUCUGUCAAACCUACAAGCAAAACAACAGCUUAAAGUGAUGCCGUUAAAUGAUGUUCAUUCGGAAAGAAAGCACAGUGAGAGUCCUGAAUUAAAAUCGGGUGGGACAUCAUUAGAUAGUGACCCUAAUAUUCAAGUGGAAAGUGAACCUCAGAACUGUGACGAGAUCAGAGACACUUUAUUUCAAGAAAGCGCUGCAACCCGAGAUUAUAACAUAACACCUGAUCCAUUAUCUCAGGAUCCACUCGAAGUAGGUACUUUGAAAGGAUCUCCAGACAUUACUGCGGAGGAUGCUGAAAAGAUCCCAUCAAUCGUAGAAAUGACACCUCAACCUAAGAAACGUGGCCGUCCAAGAAAAUUGCCUGUUUCAGAAGGAGCGAAACCUUUAGUUCUACCAACACCAGCACUAGAGGAGAGGCCCCAGCGAUCAUUACGCCUGUCAAGAGAUCGACCAGUGCUCAUCGUGAAACCGAGAGGCAGAGGCCGCGGGCGGGGUCGUCGGAUGGAUCCCGAGCUGACGCCAUCGCAAGAUGCUGGAGUGGUGGAGACCGCUAAUAAAUUCUUUGAUGAAAAAACAGAGGAGAUCGACCCGACCAGUUCUCGAAUAAAGCUACCGCGAAUGACGGAAGCAUUGGACAAAAUGCCUUCGUCAUGUGCCACCCCGCUGACGAGUAGACGAAGGACUUCAUCGUCGUCCACGAGCGAUAUGCCCUUCUACAACACGGACACUCCAGAGUUCAAAAUGGUGGACACGUCUCUGCCGCGGAUGGAGGAUCCCUUCGCGAAGUCCCCAGAGAUGUUGGGACGAGGAGGGCGCGGCGGGCGCGGCAGCCGAGGGCGGGGUAGGGCCACUCCUAGAACUCCCCGGGGCAGGGGAAGGGGCCGGGGAGGCGGAAGAGGCGCCAUGUAUAUGAAGGAAACAAUGGGUAUAUACGGACGAGUCUGUGGUCCGGCUACAACCACUGUGCAACUCUUUGAAGAGGAAACCUGCAUGAUGGAUGACAAUGCCACACCUGCCAAACCCUCACAUUUACUCGACGAAGACUCUCAGAGCUCAGUGAAGAGCUCAACAAACGAAAGCAGCAAAACAAAGAAGUCAAAGUUUGCUGAUCUUUUUGACAGCAAUAAAGUGUGGUCGGCGUCAGAUGUCAAAGAGUAUACCUGGCCGCCACCUGAAAACAGAGAUGCGUCAGAGCAACAGGUCAUGAUGAUACAAGAGCAAGUAGCCAUGUUCCUUGGAGUGAAGAGUUUCAAACGACGUUACCCGGAGUUGAAGCGACGUGCCAUUACGGCUGCAGAAAAGGAUUAUGUCCUCAGCAAAGGGAUUGUCACUGAGGCCCUUUGUGAUUUAGGAAUAACGGCGGUAGACGCAAGUGAAGUGCUCGACAUAAUGCUGUCGGACUACCCUCACAAAUACGAAGAAUACAGAUCGUACCAGCGAGAGAAGCAGCUGUCUGAUCCUACUCCGGAGCCAGUGGCCAAAGAAUCUAGAGAGAUCAGGAUGGACAGGGCCAGUGAUAAACCGGAACCACCAAAAGUCGACCCGGAGAAAACUAGACUGAUUAUGGCCGCAGCCGCUAUCGCAUCAGCGAGUGAAUGGAACACUCGUAUGAACGCGUUGAGACGACCAGCCUGCGUGGACCUUCAGAGUCUUACAAUACAACGGCGAAGGGCUCCAACGCCCUCUAACCCCCAAAUAAGGGUUACGCCGCCCCAUGGAUUUUACCCCCACGCGUUAUUGCCCGGACAGUAUCAGCAUACUUACAGGGCGUAUACGUCCGAGCAACUGCGCUAUUUCCCGCUGAACACAGUGGUGGCGGCCCCUCCCGCGCCUCCUUCACCUCAGGUGUCCAGCUCUGAGUCGGAGCCCGACUGGUCCCAUGCCUCUUCCUCUGACAGCGAAGACACGCAUAGGAUGCAUAAGCGUAAAAAACUAACGAAAGUGAAGCGUAGCAGCGAAACAGAAGUGAAUCCUCCCCGAGUAGAGGAACCGGAAGUGGACACAUGUCGCACUUGCAAGCUGCGACUUGAAGCCAACCGGAAGACGACGCAUGAGCGUUUCCUUGUAUGCGCUACUUGCAAUGCUAAAUUACAUCCGGGCUGCGUGGAUCUCUCCCCGGACACGAUCCGCAAAUGUCGCGAGUACGCGUGGCAGUGCGCCGAGUGCAAGACGUGUUGCACGUGCUCGAGGCCCGCAGACGCCAAGAUGAUGUUCUGCGACCUCUGCGACAGAGGGCACCACCUCUACUGCUUGGGACUGCAGCGGGUGCCUGAUGGUCGAUGGCACUGCGCGGAAUGCGCAAUUUGUAAAUCUUGCGGCGGGCGUUCUCCCAGCGGGCCCCAGGCGCCAGGGUCAGACCCCGCCUCGGGGCCCCAGGGCUCAUUGACGGAGCCAGGAGGGCCCCACUGGCACCACCAGACACGGCGGGGCCCUGGUGGACAUAAGGUCUACUCGCAUUCGCUCUGCACUCCCUGUGCCAGAGCGUACCGCAUUGGGCGCUACUGCCCGCUCUGUGAGCGCUCCUUCAUCGGGCCCAAGGGGACCAUGCAGCUCGUCAUUUGUAAGCUCUGCGAUAGGCAACUGCAUCAAGAUUGCGUUAAGCAAACGGUGUCGAGCCUAAACGUGUUGGACUACACCUGCGGCGAGUGCCGUCGCGGCGGGAUCACGUCCCGCGCCGCCGCCGUUCGCCUCGCGCCGCGGACUAUCGCCACUCUGUUCAUGGCCAAGCGCCGCUUCAACAAGUACGCCCAUCGGCAGUACAUGGAGAAGUGCAAAGGCCAGAGCAAGGACUCCUGCCCCGACAGGAACGAGGACGACUCUGACAACGAUUUAGGCGACACUCUCCCCGACGACGGCGACUGAACGGACGUUAAGUGACUUCAGUGCGCCGGUGUAUAGACAGUGUAUCAUAGUGACGUAGUAUCUUAUUCGCUUCGGUAAUACGGUUGUAAGUUGCAUAAAUCUGAUUAUACUUUUUAUUAAUAGCGCCCUAGGGCGGUUAAUCGUAACGUUAGCGGUAGUGAAAGGUCACUAACAUAUAUGUACAGUAAUUUAAUACUAACUUCACUAUGGGUAGCUGGGCAAUCAUACUAUUUUUAAUAUUAAUAGUUUUCUAAUGUUCGCUGCAAGUGUAUCUCUUAGCGGAUGAGAUUGUGUGCCGUUAUUUUGUUAUGAACCGAAUAUGUGUAACCUUUCCGCGAACGAAUCUGUAAAAAUCUGCCUUUACGCAUUUGUUGUCGAAUCGAAAUACAAAAUGGUGGACGAGACAGUGUGCAGUGAGUAUUUUUUUAACUUUUCUUUUCAUCAUUAAGGUAUUUAUUUUAGUUAUACAUUGUGGAUACAUCUGUAUACAAACAUUUAGCCGAGAAAAUAAUUAUAAGUUGGCCGCUAUUAUUAGUUACUGUGAUUUACGGAAUUUAUUAUUUUUUAAUUGAUUUUGAAAUUGAUCCCACUCAUUACUCAGUUAAGUUUUACAAAACGCUGUUUUAAAAGUAUAUAGACUUUAACGUAGUUUCUUUGUUUAGAUUAAUAGGGGUGAGUAAUUAUAGUUUUUUUCGUACAGUGUCGAUUUUUAUUUUAAGCUUAGCGUAUCGUUCCAAUGUAAAGCACUCUCAGAGACAAAUAUAAGCAUAAGAUAAAGUGCUGACGGUGGAGAUAUAUUAUUUGUUAGAUUUUGUGUUUCUUUAGUACGAACACCGUGAAAUUCGAGAUCUGUUUAACUUUUUGGUUUAGUGAGCACUUUGUCUCGCUUACAAGUACAAAACAUAGGCUUACUUUCCGGGCCCAGAUUAUAUUUAUCGCGUUCAGGGCACGGCUUCAACGCACUGAUCGAAAUAUACGUAAGGUCAUUCUCCUGUACUUAUGUCCCUCAGCUGUCGCCGUUUCUGCUGCGUGAAAUCCUCCCAAUGUAUUAUACUUUGUAUUAGAUUCAUAGAUCAGAUAACUAAUACAGAUAAGCGUAAUUGUAUAAUGUUUAGUUAUAGUUGCUUUCGUUAUUAAUCAAUAUUUUAGUAUCAAAAAUCAGAAUCAUGUAAUUUUUAUACGACAUGAAUCGUCCGGCGAACGCCGUUUGUAUUUGAACAGAAUAAGACUUACUUGUAAGAGAAAUAAUUAAAGUUUAUGUCUACUUAAUGCAAGUGUAAACGUUCUAGAAAUCUCGCACUGUUCGGUCAAUUUUGUAAAAAAAUAAAGUAAAUUUUAAUUUGAAA